UACUGUCGACAAUCGACCGAAGCUGUUUUGCUGUGCUCACCUUCACCCUCUGUGAACUCUGUCGCAUUCGGACCACCGCUGCAUGAGGCCUAUUUUUCACUUUGCUCAGCCUUCCCAGCAGUUUGUUUUUGGAAUCAUCUCCACACAACCAGCAUCAUGUCCAGCCCAAAGGUUAAACUCUUCUAUAUCGACUAUAUGGGCCGUGCCGAAAUGAUUCGACUGUUGUUUGCUGCUGCAGGAAAACCUUUUGAGGACAUUAGGUUUUCUCUGGAGGAUUGGUCUGCAACGUGGAAGUCAAAGGCCCCCUUUGGAACGUCACCAUGGGUGGAGGUAGAUGGAGAAGUCUAUGCACAGUCGAUAGCUAUUGCUAACUAUUUUGCCAAGGAGUUUGGUUUUUUUGGGAAGAACAACAAAGAAGCUCUUCAUAUCGAACAGAUGGUGAACCUCAUUCAGGACUUGGUGGUUAAAGCGGCUUCAAUUGAUGACCAGUAUGAGGACCAAGAAAAACAUGUUGCAGAUGACCCUGGCUGAUAUCGCCCUCUUUGACGUCCUCACCGGUUAUUUGAAGAACUUCACAGGACCAUUAGAUGACUACCCAUUGUGCAUAGCCUUGAGGGACAAAGUUGGAGCUAACGAAAAAAUCAAGGCGUAUAUGGCAUCCCGACCUGUCACUGUUGGCUGAAUAUUAGAAGCGAUUCUUCACACAUUAACCGGAGGCGUGUGAAUUCAUUUAUCGUGAUCAAUUAUUGGAAACUUUUUAAAAAGUCACAGAGCGACAUUACGAAUCUUGAAAUAGAUUUUUAUACUUUAAUUUUC